UUGAUAUCUGAAAUAAAAAGUUUUUUUGACUAUGACUCAAAAUUUUCUUUGAUGCCCUCUCAGCAACAGAAGAAUAAAUUGAAAAAUCUUAACAAACAGCAGAAAGUACAUAUUACCAAAAAUCAACCUUCAGAUAAUACAGAAAAAGCAUUAGAAACAGAAUUUUUACAAGCAACACCUGAUGAAAAUAUUACUGAUGACAAUGAUUCAAUUGAUGAGGCAAUAAAAUUAAAUCAAAGUACAGAUUUUAAUGAUGAAGUGGAGGAAUCGGCUUUAGAUAUCAUUGAUAAGAAUGAAGUCCCUAUACAAACUAAAAAUAAAACACAUGGGAAAUAUCCUCUACAAGUUCAAUAUUGUGGUAUAUGUUCUAUGCCUUAUGAAUAUUGUCAAUAUUCACCUACCUUUGACCAGUGUCAAAAAUGGUUAAAUAAAAAUUUCCCAAAAGUUUAUCAAGACUUAUACAUGCCUUUAAUUAAAGAUACACCUGAUAUUAAUUUAGAAGCACUUGUCCUCAAUGAAAGUGAUGAAACCAGGAAAAGACAAACCAGAGGAGGGAAAGGAAUGAAUAGUGCAGCUAAGUUGGGUAAUAAAGGCAAAAUUAAUCCCUCAAAUUCAUUUAUCAAGGUAUUUAAUGCACCAAGAGGUAAAAAGAAAUCAGUAACUGUUGUUACAGGGCUUGAAGAUUUUGGAGUAGAUAUGAAAGCAGCGUCAAAAUGUUUUGCCUCCCGUUUUUCUUGUGGAGCAUCAGUGACUGCUACGGAUGAGAUAGUAAUCCAAGGGGAUGUCAAAGCAGAAAUUCUGGAUUUGAUUUGCGAAAAAUGGCCAGAAAUACCUACUGAAUGUGUUAAAGAUUUCGGUGUUAUGAAAAGAUGAAGUGUCUAUUAUAAAAAAUAUUUCAAGAAUUAUAAUGUUUCGUGACUUUAAAUAUUUUGUUGAUAAUCUCGGCAUUUAUGGAGAGGUAGAGAAA